CGAGACAGUACCACCAUGCUGACUAUUCUCUUAUCUGUAGCAUUCCUGGGAUUCGCAUCGUCGGAUAUCAUCAACUGUGCGGCCCUUGACUGUUUUCCUAUGGGUCCACAUGUGUGCGGGAAUGACGGCAACACGUACUCUAGCGGUUGUGCCAUUGUGCUGCAUAAUUGUUGGCAGAAGGAUAACGUCAAAGUUGCUCACAACGGGCCCUGUGGAAAGCGCGACGUUUUGGACACAUCAUGGGGUGGGAUUAACUGUGCAGCCCUUGACUGUUUCCCUAUGGGCCCACAGGUGUGCGGGAAUGACGGCAACACGUACUCAAGCGGUUGUGCUAUAAUGCUGUAUAAUUGUUGGCAUAAGGCUGGCGUGAAAGUCGCCCACAGUGGGCCGUGCUGAAUACGCGAAAUAUUGUACGGCAGAAGGCAAAUGUGAGAGUUGUCCAUACGGGGAAAGGCAAUGACACCGAGAAAGACCUUCAGGAAUUGUAUCACCGUAUCUUAUCACUGAAGUGUAAAACGAUAUUGCCAUAUAAAAGUGCAUUUCAAGCGAAGCGAA